UCAAUUUCUGACUGGACUCGCUUUUUUUGGAUGUUGACGAAUGACGGGGAAAGCAAGAAAGGAAGGAAGGUGCAUAAAGAACAAAACAAACAGACCUGUAAGUGUAAUAUAAAAUGCCGUACAAAAAGGUCCCUCGACAGAAGCAGCCAUUAUGGAAAGAUUGGGAUUACAAAGCUCAGAAGAAAGGCACAAGAAACACUGUUUAUUCAGUCAAUGGUGAUGAGUUCACAGGAGAAUGGCUGGAUAACAAAAAGCAUGGGAAAGGAACACAAAAGUGGAAGAAGACGGGAGCUAUCUAUGAUGGUGAUUGGAAGUGUGGAAAGAGAAAUGGCUUUGGUACCCUUAGUUAUCCCUCCAGUGAGGGUGGCUUUAAGAGGGUUUACUCUGGAGGCUGGAAGAACGACAAGAAACAUGGUUACGGAACAAACUUCUUUUCAGCAGAUGAAUACUAUGAGGGUGAAUGGUAUGCUGAUAAGCGGAGUGGAUGGGGUCGUAUGUACUAUGGAGAUGGUAGCAUCUAUGAAGGGGAAUGGUACAAUGACCAGCGUAGCGGACAAGGGAUGCUUCGAUUGGCCGAUGAGAACAGGUACGAGGGUUCGUGGAAAGUGGACAAGAAGAAUGGACCUGGAAAAUUCUUCUACCUGGAUAAAGGACAGGUAUAUGAAGGGGUGUGGGUGGACGAUAUACCCAAAUGUGGAACUGUAGUGGACUUUGGAAGAGACGGGGCGCCAGACCCAACAACAUACCCCAUACCUGAGUUGACGUUACAUGAUUCAUCUGGAGUUCUUCAAGAUGCUGAGAAUAUGUUUCUUCAAGAUCAAGAAUGAUCCACUUCCUCACCUACAUGUAUUUUGUUAUAAAGUUAAAUGUAUUGUACAUGAUUCGUGAGGAUAAAUACUCAUCAUUGUUUAAUAAUAAUAAUAAUAAUAAUAGUAAUAAUAAUAAUAAUUUAAUAAUAUUAAAAUCUUAUA